CAAAUUAGUGUCGCUGUGGAAAAUAAAGUCAAUUUUCUCCGCUUCUCAGCAAAAGCGUCGUUUUUAAUUGGUAUUUUUGUCUAGCAGAUAGUUUCAGGCCGUGCGAUGGUUGCUUUUCCACGUCUCACUUUGUAAGAGACGUCAAGAAGGGCCAGCGACAAAACGACAACAGUUUGCCGAGGUGUUGUGGCGCGCGAGGGACGUGAAAGUUUUCCUUCGUGAAAUUCUCUUGCCCAAUACGCUAACGUGCUUGCGAUAUGGAGGCGGGUUUGUGGUUGAUAGAGCUCGAGUCUGCCCUGCAGGACGAUUGCACAGUGGACGACAUUUACGCAAUAUGCCACGGAAAGGCACUGCCGGAGGCGCUCCGGCUGGACGUGUGGCAAGUGUGCCUGGGCGUGCGCAACAAAAUGGACCAGAUGGCGCAGUUCAACGAAAUCUACGACCUCCCGUUUCAGGCGCAGCUGCGCGCAGACUGCGAGGAUUUCGUCAACAAGCUUGGCAACGAGGACGAGGACAAGGUGUCGGUGGUGUGUGACCUGGAGUCGAUCCUGACGUUCUACUGUAAGAACCGUGCCCUUGGGUACGAGCCGAACAACGGUUGGGUCGAACUGAUGUUACCCCUGCUGUCACUGAAACUGAUCCGCUCCGAUACCUACAACCUCUUCGAGGCUAUCCGUGAUACGUACAUUCCAAAAGGGUGCGUCAAGAACGGCACCGUAUUCAACGUGUUUCGGCUACUGCUCCUGUACCACGAUCCGGAACUGUGCACCAUACUCGACACGAAGCGCAUCACCCCAGAUUGCUACGCGAUGGGCUGGUUCCAGACGCUGUUCGCAUCCACCUGCACCCUCCCGGUGGUGCUGUCCAUGUGGGACCUGUACUUCCAACAAUCGGACCCAUUCCUCGUGUUCUUCCUCAGUCUGAUUGUGCUGAUCAACCAGCGCGAUCAGAUUCUACUGAUGAAAACCUCCGCCACCAAGGAGGAACUGGUCAGCUUUCUAGUCAACAUGCCGUGCAAUAUUGAGGCGGACGAUGUGCUCGAUUUCUGCUCCCUCGCCCAGUAUUACUCCGUCAAAACGCCCGCCUCCUUCAAGCGCGAUCUGCUGCAGGUGCUAUUCGGGGCGCAAAGUGGCACGACCGAGGGAAGUUCGGUUGUCUCGCAAGCCCUCUGCCUUCCCGUGUCGGUGAACGAGCUGAUCGAGAAUGCUUCCAUCGAGAACCCUCACCCGGAGGCGGUACGGUUCUUCCUUGUCGAUUGCCGCCCGGCCGAGCAGUACAAUGCCGGUCACCUUUCCACCGCGUUCCAUCUAGACAGUAACCUUAUGCUACAGGAACCGGAAGCAUUUCAAACGGCCGUCCAGGGGCUUUUGCGGUCCCAGCGCAAUGCCAUUGAUGCCAAUUCGAACGCUGGCGGUGAACAUCUUUGCUUUCUCGGAUCCGGCCGGCUGGAGGAAGACCAGUACACGCACAUGGUGGUGGCUUCUUUCCUGCAGAAAAACACCAAAUACGUCUCGCUGCUGACGGGCGGAUACGAGGCGAUACACGAGUACUUCGGUGAGGGUAUGGUCGACUGCCUCGAGGAUCACGAUCCGCUCAAGUGUUUGCUGUGCAACAAGGAACAGGUACAGUUCGGUAAGAAGGCAUCGAAUAACAACAACAACAACCAAAAGGCACUCAAAAGCGGUGUGAACAGUGCCAGCAGCAGUGCAACGAAUAGCCUCAAACGGGGUGCCAGUUCACAGCAGCAGCAACAACGAAGCAGAAACCAUGCGACCAACAACAAUGGCGCGGACGGCGAUCGGAAGCCGACUAUCGAUCUGUUCAGCAAGCUGUCGCUGGCGAUGAAAACCAAGUCGGCAGAGGUACGCGAGAAGCUGUUCGAUUACAUUUCCAAUCCCAAUGCGACUACCGGUGGUGCUGGGUCGGGUGUUCCCGGUUCGGAGAAGCACGUCUCACGGAACGAUCGCAAUGGGAAGCGCUACCGAAACGUACCGCCUGUCUUUAGCAUUGGUGAGGAUCACGAGGAGGACGAAGAUUUGAACUCGGCGGCCAGCGAAACUUCCUCGGUUGCGCGCAGCACGAAAGCGGCCGCCAACAACCGGCAGUCGGACACCGGCGAGGAGAUCGUUUCGAUACAGAGCUUCCUGAAGAGCCCGGACGUCAUUCGCCACUUCAAGUGCAAGGAGGUGCAUCUGAAUGGGUACAUGUACGACAGCUACCUGCUCGUGACGGCCACGCAUAUGAUCGUGCUACGCGAGUUGGAAACGCACCACGAUCAGGCCCGCAUCAUCGUGCGCCGUUCGCUGCAGAGUAUCGUCAAAAUAACGGCCAAAAAGCGGCACCGCGAUUUGAUCACGUUCAAGUACGGCUACCCCGAGGAGGAGAACCUCGUCAUCACCGACAUGGACCGAUUUUUGAUACCGAAAGCGAGCGAAGUGACCGAUCUGAUCUCGCGACACAUUAUCAAGCAGACGUGAGCUUCCAAUCGCAGUCGCCACACAGCAUGAUGUCGCGUGGUAACAUCUCAAUGCCCUCCCUCCUCGCCAAUAGGAACAUUCUACACGUCACGGUUGACUCGUUGAAUUUGUAACGAUUUUUGUUUCUUUAAUACCUAGCAAAUUACCAAUUAAUUUAAUCGUUUUUGGUUGUAUAUUUUAUUAUGUAUCAUAUAAAACGCCCGUUACUUACUCUGGUCUUGUACUAUGCACGCUACUAGUUAGUAGUCGAGGAUGUUAGUAUAAAAGAAAAGAAGAACAGUCAUCAUCAGCACCGGAACAGACAGUUGUCGCGCACACCGUAGAGUGAUCCUUGAGAAGAAGAAAAAUAACCACAUACCUAAGUCCGUGAUUUCUAUUGCCACUCUCGUCGCGGCCCCUUAGCAGUAAGUGAAACGAGCACGACGGUGCGCAACAGCUUUUUAUGUAUAAAACAAUAAAAACCAAAAGUUUCCUUCCCCGUGCAAUGGUAGCAAUGGGUGUUGUUACUUACAUUUUAAACUAAA